AAUUCCAAAGGUCCCUGCAGAAGACCCUGUUUAAAAGACAGAGCCCUUCAUUACACAUCCAGGAUACUUUAACCUCUUAGAGACACAAACCGGACGGAAAUCUGACCGCCACGAUGAAAUACUUGGCUCUGGCUUUGCUGCUUUGUGCUCUGGCGUCACUGUCAAACGCCUUCUGCUACUACAAGGCCGAGAAACUGGGCAUGACCCACUGUCAGGACAAUGAGGAUCAGACGUGGCACGCUGUGGGGUCUAGAUGGAGAAACAGUAGAUGCAUGGACUGUGAUUGCAGUAGCUGUUGUUCUGCGUAUUCAACCCCCAAACUUUUCCCUGAAGAUUGCAUGUCAGUUUUUGACUCAAAAGCUUGCCAAUACAUAGUGCACAAGAAGGACGACCCAUCCGUAUUAUGUCCGAUUUACGCAGCAGUGGGGAAGUGAUGGCUGUUUGGAAGGUCUGCAGUAUUUUCGUGGACGAGAGAGAAAGACGGAGGUGUGAUCCCCCCCCCCCCACGGGCUUCUCACUGGGAAACACUUCCUGUUUUGUUGGUUGUAACACACAACCAAACAUGAAACAUGAAAA